GCAGAGGGUGGCCCGGUAUAGGUGAGAAAUAAGAAAGGUGGAGAAAGUGGAGGGCAAUUUUGCGCGUCUACUCAAAGAAAAAUGGUGACUACAUAGAUUCUACUUACACGAAGAUUACAUGCAGGUUGGUACACUAUUUCCCUGACAUGAAACUACAAUCUAAUUUUCGAGAAUCAGAUCCGUGUCUCAAUUUUCCAUAUCGUGGGUUCUCAUUUAUAAUUGGUGUCACGCGUCUGCGGGGAUUGCCGCCACUUACGUCGACGAGGAAUCUUCGAGUCAGCGAUCAGGAGCGACAUAUUGAUGCGCCGGCGAUCGAUCCACGGACCAAGUGACGAGGCACCGACGCGCCGCCAAGAAAAUCUCCACAGACAAUAUUCCCUCGGCAAAGUGACGCUCAAGGCGGUCACGGAUUUCUCGCUUCUGUCUAAAUUAAGGAAAUCCUCGGGAUGGAGCUAAGAACGGCGAAACUGUUACUUUACUCGACACUGGUGGUCGUGGUGUGUUGGAGCCAGGAAUAUUGGACGGCGCAGUGUUCGUCGUCGUGCAAGUGCAGAUGGAUCUCUGGCAGGAAGACCGCCGAAUGCAUCAAGCAGAAUCUCACGCAGAUACCCAGCAGUUUGUCGCCAGAGAUUCAGAACUUCGAUUUGACCGGGAAUCGUAUCAUGCACCUGAUGCACGACUCGUUCAGUCGGGUGCAUCUAGUCAAUCUUCAGAAGCUGGUGCUGCGAAAAUGCGAGAUCGAGUCGAUCCAUACGGACGCAUUCAACGGCCUGAAAAUCGUAAUUGAGAUCGAUUUAUCAGGAAAUAACAUUAAAACCUUAUAUCCCGGUACGUUCAGGGAGACGCAACGAUUAAGGGUGCUGUUGUUGAACGAGAACAAGCUAAAGGUGUUGGAAAACGGGUUGUUCCACGAUCUCGCGUAUCUACAGAAGGUGAUGUUGUCUAACAACGAGUUAGAGCGAGUGGAGGAGGAAACCUUUCGCGAUCUUCCGGAAUUGCGAUUGUUGACCUUGGAUGGAAACAAUCUGAGCGUAUUGAGGGUGCAGAGCUUCGAGACGUUGCCGAAGCUUGGCAGCCUAGAGCUGCAUAACAAUCCAUGGAAUUGCAAUUGCCGUCUGAAGAAAUUUCGCGAUUGGACGAUAGAAAGAAAGCUGUAUACGAAACCCACUACAUGCCAGCAGCCAGCUACCCUUGCAGGGAAGAUGUGGGACGAAGUCAGCAGCGACGAAUUCGCUUGCCGACCUGAAAUCUUUACGAUAGGACCAUCAGUGAAGAUCGAGGUUGGCAAAGGCAACGUCACCUUUUGGUGCAAGGCUUCUGGGAUCCCACGACCGCAGUUGGUCUGGGUACAUCGGUCGAGAAUCUUGAACAAUCAUACGAGACGACACAACGGAGAGAAAAACUACAUCCUGAAAUCGAGCCACGAAUGGCUGAACCUCACGAUACCGGACGUUAUUCCUUCGGACAAGGGUGAUUACGUCUGUCUGGCGAAAAGUCCAGGCGGAAAUACAGAGAAGAACGUGACCCUGACUAUCGCUGGUGACGCCAUGGGCGGCAAGGACAAUAUAAUUAGUCUGCCUCUCGCGCUCGGUUUGGGCGUGACCGCGUUGCUACUUCUGGUGGUGACCGUGUCCUUUUGCGUGUGUUAUUGUCGUCGUCGACGAACGAGGCACGACGAGAAGAGCUUAGAGGCCGCCUCGAUGGAGCACCACGGCCUCGGUGAACAGGAGAAGUCCCUCAUCACGACUAUAAAUCCCGUGGUGAAGCCACCCAGACGAUACGAAGCGCCUUCGGUGACGUCGCACGGCACCGAGAUGACAGAGCUGAACCGUACAUUGCUCGACAACGACUCAGUCUUCGCUGAUGGUAUCGGUGGCGGUGUCGGCAGCGGAGUGAUCGGCGGCGUCGGCGACGACGAGAGGGAAGAACGAGCGACGCCAGAGCUCGAGAGCGGAACCGGCACCAUGUGCCGCGGAGGAGGCGGAAGCUACCGCCAGUAUCCGCCAGAUCUGUUGGCCUUCUCCGGCGGUCGAGGCGCAUCGCCGACGAGCCAGGCGUCCACCGCGCCCGACAACACGCGUCUUCCGAGUCAACAUGUGACACCCACCACAGCCGCGUUUGGCUCACCCUCGAACCAAUAUCCAGCAGCUUUCAAGACUUUGCCGCACAACCGUAGCGUUACACCCUAUGGAAUUACGAGCUCGUCGAUCGCACCCGUAAUGCCACGUCAUGGCUACGUGACGAUACCACGCAGACCAAGAGCACCCAGCUGGAGCAGCGGACCACCCACAUCGCCUACGGACGGAUUGGAGCCGGUUUACGAUAAUUUGGGAUUAAGGACAACCGCUGAUGGUAGUUCGGUCCUAUCGUUGAACAAAAGUCCCGAACCGUUGUCCACGAUGAGGAAUCGACCUCUGCCUGGAACGCCAGGCUCGCACUACGGUACGAUACAACGAAGCACACCGAAUAUAUUGACCAGCAGUCCACUCGAUAGAGCCGCUCCGGAAGGUGCAGCCGAAUGGCCAACCAAACUCGCUGACGAAUCGACUGACAGUAAUCAUCUUGUUGGACAAGCACAACCGCAACAGCAGCAACAAUCCGGUAGUAGCAACACGUUAGGAAGAAAAGUACCACCGAGACCACCCCCGAAACCUAAGAAGAAGUCAACCAACGGUCCCCUGUACGAGGACGAGGGCGAAGACGGCACAGAGGUAUGAUCGACGUACGUCGGUCGACGAAGAUGAGGCCGCGAGGUCGUGGCCGUGCUGAGGAGGAGAGACGCAUGACCGAAGCCACAUUAAACCGGUAGUGCCUUUCAAGUUGAAACGACCCCCUCGAUACGCGGCGGGUCGAUAUUCGGUUGGAGCGCGUAAGUUCCGCCGGCGAACGUGCUGACGAACGAGCGUGCCGGGGGCUUCCACAUCCGGUGAACAUGGUUCGUCGGGUAAACCGCUGACUUUGGCGGAGAAACACCAGCGAAAUUUUUCGGACGAGACGCCUUUGCCGGUUAUUCUUUCUUUGUUCAUCGUGUAUCCUCUCUGUCUCUUUUUAUGUAUUUUAUAAUUUAUUCGGUUCGCGGCGCAUGACAGGGUUUCCGAUCGCGUGGAGGACAAGCAUAUAUUAUGUGAUCCGUGAGAUCGACACACGGAUUCUCUACAUAGGUCGACGCAACGGUGGAUAACGCGAAUAAUGAGAAAAGUGUCGAAGCGAUUGAUCGAAAAUCGACUAUGUCUUUCAAGAUCGUUUUACAAUUUCGGGGAGGAACGUUCGAUGAAACGUUUUUUUUUUUGGAAGAAACAAUCUCGACGAUACGAUGGAUACAACAAAACGCCACGAACGCUCGUGACUGGUUUUACUACGUGUAACGAGAAAAUUAGUGGAUAGCGGGUUGUGCCGUUCACGGACGAUCAUAGACAGAAUUCAUGUAAAAUACAACGUAACCGGACAUUAGCAUUAAGGAUAAUGUCUCCAUAAGGAGACGUUCGUCUUAUUUAUUGACGUGCUUGUUGCAUGCCUAACGAAGAUCGCGUUCAAACCGCAGCAUCGUGAAACGAUGCGUUCCUUUAUACGAUCUAUUUGCGAAACGAUCAUGUGAUCGAUACCUCUUAAUUUUUACUAUUUCCAUAUAUUUCCUCCUUUUUUUAUUAUUAUUAUUUAAAUUUUGUACUUCUACCGAUGUGUACUAUGCUAUCGAUCAUUUUUACACGAUAUUUCGACUUUGUUAUUGUCCUUUUUUAUCCUUCAAGGAAGUGCAAAACGAUGCUUUGGUUUUCUACUUCUCUUAAGUUUAAGAUUAUGUUUCUUUAUUGUUUUAAUUACAUAUUACAUAUUACGCAUUGGUACUUGACCGCAUCGAACCGGUAUCUGUUUUAGCGAUAUGUAAAUCGGAAUUAAGAGUAACGCACGGGAAACCAUGUGCAUGGUUCCGCACUAUGUAAAAGAAAACGUAUUCAAGUAACGGAGAUGUUAGAAUAACUGUUUCUAGUAACGUUGACAGAAACGCAUACGUAAAAUCUUCCGAUUAUAUUCGUUGUUAAUGGUAAAAUAUCACAGAUGUUUCAAUCUGAGUGUUACGAGGUCGUAAAUCGGUAUGAAAAGAUCGGUCCUAUGGAUUUUCUCAAGAGUAGUGGCGCGGUUUACACGAUCGACGUUAUAAGAUACCGUGAUCAAAUUCAUGUUAUUCUCGUCCCUCGAAACUACUCAGAAAUAUUUUAAUAUUUGCGCAAGGCCAUGCUACUUCGUAUCUACGAAGAGAGAUCUCAGUGUACGUGCAUUUUUUCUGGCGAAUCGCCGAAUGUAUGUUGUAAAAAGAAAUCAUCGUACAGCUUGUACAUACAAUGUGUAUUAUACUACUUAAGAAAUAGCUCGUCUAUCCUCUAAUGGUUCGAUCUGACUAAGGUUUCGCCAAACCAUACGUGAAACAAGUGAUUCUGCACGAAAAUUUCUUUGAAAAAAAAUGAAAAUGGCGACACGUGAAAGCAAGGCGCGUCUAAUCCUUGAGUUAAGGAUACAACGUAAAUCGAUCUUAGAACUAACGAAAGAAAAAAAAACUGUCGUAUACGUAAAACACGAAGAACUGCAUAUGCGAUUCGCGCUUAAUUAACAGAUUUAAUUUUAAAAAGUGUACGAGGAAAAGAAGCUGUACAUUCAAAGCGAUUGAUCGUGAAUUAUUUCUUUCGGCUCCAUAGAACGCGCGACUCAAACUUCCUUUUCAUCGAACUUCGAUAGUUUCGAUUACGUCCUUCGUAUAGGUUCCUCGAAUUUUGGGGAAAUUCACGAUACUUUCCGGCCAUCGAUCUGUCUCGCGUGUCAAACGAAAUGCAACAUGACCGAAAGGCAAACAUUUUUAGCCGAUUCAGUAUUCUAAUGGCCUUACAGAUAUACAGGAAGGAUCAUUCUUGGACUAAACGUUUAUCGCUCGUAAGCUACACGAACUCGUUAUACUUUCUGUACGCUUUAUCCGGAGCUUAACGUUGCAUUCCCGACUUUGGCGAGGAUUUAGGGAUCGAUCGUUCGCGCAACUUGUUGCGAACACACGAAUCCUCAUCCUGUAACGCUAGUUCUAACGGAGGAGUCCCUUCAACGACUUCGAAUAUUCCUAACAGGCUUCCCGUGUUCUCAACGAAUCUUCCAAGCACCAGGAAACGUUUCAAGAUAAUUAAACGGUUUCGAGCGGCUUUAUUUUUUCAUAAAGCAUUCGCUAAUUCUGAAUUUACAACGAACAAACAUUUGCUUUUGUGGACCUUUCUUCACUGAAUUUUUCCUCUCUGAAAGCGAUCUUUUAAUUAUUUAAAGCAACGUAGCUUGCGCAUUAUAAGCUGAGUUUGUUUGUUAAAAGCACAGGAUGUGUCACGUAAUUGGAAAGAUUUGAACGCUCUGUUUGUUUGAAAAUAGUAUAAAUGGAAGAGAAAAAUGUUGAGUGGUACGAAUUAUUUUCAUAUUCUGUCUUUUGCUUGAAACAGGAAGACGCAUACUUUUGUUUAAUCAAGCCAAUCCCUCGAGUAUUGUAUUAAAAUAAUUUUUCCAGAAUGUUCCAAUUACUACAAACUACAAACUAUUCGCAAUUAUUACUUUAUACGAUAAUUUUCAUAAAGUUAAAUAACGUUAGAUAAAGAUAAAUACGAUAAAAAGAACCGAGCUCGAUUAAGAACAUUUUAAACCAUAUUAAACGUUCUUUGCUAUGUGCUAAAUAUUCAAAAGACUUCACUUGCAACAAAAAAGUGAUAUCGUAUCUAAAAGAUCAGACGUUACAUUCUAUUAUAAUUAAUAAAAGAGCGAAGUAAUAAAUUUUCGAGAUAAAUUUUGUCAACUCUUUUUCUAUCACUUUAUCUAUUUUCAGUCAAAUAGAAGGUACGAUUCUUUAUAUGCAUAUUUGAAGAAAGAAGUCUUAUUCUUCUUUACAACUACUUGGGUAAUGAUAAUGACGUGUCAAUUUAUGAAACAAAGGGUUUCGUGAUAGCGACGAAAUAUCUUCCCCGAGCGUCAUAACGCACCUAACAGUAUUACGAAACGAAUCUAAGGACGAUGAUGCGAUGCCGAUGGGACGGCGCGGAGAAAAUCGCGGCGCGAUCGUGUAACUUCGUUUCCUCAGCUACGUUUUAACAAAUAUACAAUCUAUUAACGUAAUAUUCUUAAAAGGAGAGCAAGAAGAGAAGUUAAUAUAAAAUAGGUGCCAAUGUACAGUUAUCUCUUACUAGUUGUUCUGGAAGUAAGAAUUUACUACGAAUAGUCUUUGAAAACCUUUCUAAGGAGAAAAUUUAAUGGAGAAGAAAUUUGUGUGUUUUACUCGUAAUUGUUAGAUAAUAGAUGUUAAACUUUGUGAAUAGAGGAUUGCGAUGCUGUAAUUCACGUUGUAGGGAUUAAUUGAAGGAGGACUUGUAACAGAAAAUAAGAAUCAUUUUCUUCUUUCGUUUUUUAAAGUAAUUACGCUCUUCAAUUAUUUCUAUCAUUUUCGUUCCGAUAAACUUCACUUUCUACGAACGCAAUUAUCUAUAAACGUUAAAUUUAAUUUCACACUAUCCUCCAAAAUCAUUUAUGUAUAUAAAUGUUUCCUGUUUCCACUUCAAAUUAAAAGUCCCUAAGAUGGUAAUCAGUCUUAUGACUCAACCUACAACAUUGGAGAUUUGUUACGUAAAAUCUCUAACGCUUGAAAAUCGAAGGAAUAAGGAAACCAGGAAUGUGUAAGAAAAUUUCCGAUGAAUGAUCUCGAACGCUUCUUCGCACAAAGAUCACCACAAUCGACCGGAAGCGAGAUUACACGAACGAAUCGUCGCGAAUUAUUUUAAGCGGCCUAGCAGAGUCGCGGCUUGUCCGAUCCAAUUGUUGUGCCACGCCCUGUAAAUACACACGGACCUUAAUUGCACGCUAAUUCACGACGUUGUUUAUAUGUAAAUGUAGGCACGUACGAAGCAAGCGUGGCACGACCGGUUGGUACGGCGCCACGAGUAUAUUUUUGUAAUUUUGUAUUUUGACGAAUUCUCCGACUACGAUUCGUGCCCACGACAAUCGCGCGGGGAAGAUACGCUUCGUCUGUAUUCCACGUUCUUAGUCCCAAGGAAUUAACCGGAUCCAGAAAUCGAUUCGCGCAGCUGUAAAAUAUGUCGAGACGGUCGUUAGAUUCCUAGGAUUUGCCUCGUCUGCGAUCAUCUCCUCGUUUAAUUCCUCGUCGUGUGUAUGCACACGUUCUCUACACCGAUUUCUUGAUUCGCACUGGCGCUUACAUAUGUAACGGUGUAUUUGUCGAGAUUACGAUUCGAUUUGAAUUCCAGUAUAUAAGGGACGGUUGGUUAAAUAUAACGUCGCGUGGAUGUAUUUUGAAGCUUGAUUCUUCAUCCUUGAUUUUUCAAGAGCAAAAGAUGCUUAGUUUUAUUUGACAUUUAAGAAGAUACAAAUGAGAAAUGAUCUUAGUUUGUUUACAAAUAUAAAUAUCGACGUAGGGGGAAUCAUUGUCGUUUAUUUUCACGAUGCUAAGGAUUUAUUUUCAUUUCUUGAAAAUAUUCAGCAUACUUUACUGUUUGUCCCAUAAUAAUGAUCAUGUCGUCGAAGAACUAAUUUUGCAACUUGAAACUUGUAGAGACUCACAGAGAAAUUCGUACCACGUGUCAUCGAAAUUGUCAUCGAAAAUUUACCAAUUCGAGAAAAAUUCCUUUAGCCCCCAAAGAGAGCAAGCAGGAGAAGCGCUGUUCGUCGAUGAGAUUUGUUUCGCAUUGAACGCAUUCGCGUGAACGCAACCCUUCUCGAUUCCCCGCCAUAGUUUCCUCCACAUAAUGAAUAGCGGUACGAUCGUACACGCGAAAAUAGAACGUAUACGAUCCCCGCAAUUAUAACGUAGGGGGUCAACCCCGUCUGCUCUAUGUACUAUUAGCUGUGACGUGUUUACCAGGGAUGCGCAUGACGAGCCAACACCAGUCAGCGUGUAAUUAUUAUGGCGAGGAUACUUCGUGCGCGCAGUUAGGCUGUUCGUCGCUUUAAUGACACUCCCUCUUUGAUCCUCGAACGUUGCAAUAACAUGGUUUAUGCGUCUUUCUAUUCUAUUCUACCGACUGAAAGCACGACUUAGAGGCGAUAUCAUUCGUUCUCUAUCGUUCUUCGUGAGCAGACCAUUUUUCCAAUCGAUAGACGCGUACAGAUACUCCGAUCCUUCGUCAACGUCUAUCUUCUAAUGACUCUGCGUAUCUACCUGUCAGGUAUAUAUCCGCUUGAAGUCAUUACGCCGUGGCGGAAAUUAAAGUCGAGGGGGAGACAGAAAGAGAACGUGAAGCGGGUUGAAGCGGUGGAGAAAGACGGUGCCUAAAGUCCGUGUAAUUGCGAAUGUCGAUGCGUUCUCGUGAGGACACGUCUCGGUUGGUAUUUUUAAUGAGGUACACGCGAGAUUUUCUCGUUUCGAGGCUAGAAACGAUCCGAGGGCGUUGGAAACAGGUGAAAAGACUGCUCGCGACGUCGACGAGGACAUUAAUAGAGCGACGCUGAAAGGACGACGUCCCGGCACUUGUUACCGGUUUUCUGGUUGAAUUGUGGAAUUAUCGAGCGUCGAUGGGAACGCGUAACGAGCCCUGUUUCUCGUCCGCCGCUAUCGACGAACCACAGGCCGAGCGAACGCGGCUUGGCCACGUUUUAAUUGCCAGAUAAAGUUUGCCCGAGGUGGAAAUAUUAAAAAUUCGAUUCGGUCAAUUGUUUGCGAUGUCGAUUUAGUUCGACGAUUACGGGAGAAAAGGGGUAACGAGAACACGCAGUGUUUAAUGUAAAAUUAUAAUUGGGCCUUGACCAAUUAUAUUGCGCAGUUUGCUAAUGAACUUGCAUGGGCACAAUAAUAGAAUCACUUUUUGAUAGAUAUACCUGGGAUGAUUGCAUAAUUUCCUGUAACUUAUAGACACGUUUUACGGCUUAAUUAUUCAUGGGUUACAACAUAAUAUUCGAAAGGAUGAAAAUUUUUCAUAAUACAAGUUUUGGCUUUUUACUCCGUGAUAUUAGAAUAAUUUUUUUCUUAAAAAAAAAAAAAAAAUGAAAUCGCGUAAAUCGACCAGUUGCAUUCUGCGUCUUAUGCUGCCAGAGAUGUACUUAAAAAUCGCGUGGUUUUUACGUCCAUCUAAUUUUCAAAGCGCCACAAUAAUAUGGUCUUCAUCGAAGAUGUACCGAAAAUUGUAUAUAAUAUUCUUAGUUUCGUCACCGAGAUAUUGGCGCCAUGUUCUUGAUUUACAUCCGUAGGGGCGCAGGCGAAAGUACCGUCCAAUACACCGAUCCGACUAUAACAAUCUGGAAGUUAGACGCGUGUAAUUAAUUUUAUUUCACUGAUAGAUGCGAAUGUUUCAAAAUGUAGUAUUUCGAGAGAAUUUCAAACCGAUCGUUUUUUUGAUAAAUUUUUUAUAUAAUGUAUUAAUAUUAUUUUUAUUAGGGAGAGAUUUAUAAAUUUAUCUGCCACGCAUAAUCGACGAAAACAAUUUCUUUGGAACAAAUAAAAUUAUAGGACUAAAUAUAAUAGUACUCAUUUUGGAAGUUGAUAAAUUACUGUCGUUCAAUUAUAGACAUUUAAAUGAUAAAUUCGGUAAUAUGAAUACAUUUAAUACUUUUAGAAUGGAAACUAAGUGUCUCGCAAAUGUUUAUUCUAUAAUAACGUAUUCAUUCGAGAACCAUCCACGAGAGAAGCGAAUAAUGUUGAAUACAUUCCAAAAGGGACGAUAAUAAUCUUCCUAAUUAUGCUAUUUCCGUUUUUAAACGCAUUUUUCAGCCGCAUUCUCACUGGUUCUUUCAAGUGUAGUCCAUAGUCCGAGAGAGUUUAUAACAGCUAACUAAUUCUCGGAAAUGAAAGAUAAAACGCUAAUUCGAUUCAGUAGAUGGCUGGUGGUAUGAAAAUCGCUAGCAACGAUACAAGUCUGACAAAAAAAAUUAAAUUUCUCUUAACGUCAAAAGUCAUCUAAAAAUCGAAAUUAUAAACUUCUGACCGAGUGAUAAACUCUUAAACUUAAUUUCCGAGCAUUAAACGUACGCUGCUAACGAUAUUCUUGCUUGAUAGUUUGAAUCGUGUAAAUUUAAGUGUAUCAUGUGCGUAUCAUAUCUUUUUAAAUGCCGUUCCUUUGCAUAUGCUGAGAAUCGCGUACAAUUUUGUAUAAUGUUCGCAUCUAUUUAUUCAUCGAACUGUUUCAACCAUUUUUCGAAGACUGAAACUUUUGUAAUUGAAAAACUACGUGAUUCCAUUUUGUGUAACUUUCUCGAUCCAAAGGAAUUGCGCUCACGACAGAAACAUAAAAUGGUUGAAUAUAACUCCCAAGGUGAUCUACGCGACGUUCGCGCAAGAACAAUUUUCUUGGGUUAAUUAAACAUUGACCGGUCAUGCUUUGAAAGCUGUUCGGACAAAUGCGUGAAUACACGCUUCUAUGGGAAGACUUCAUCGCGACUCGUUACAUAAUGCGAUAAAGGUUUGAUGUAAACCAGCGUUGUCCAGACUAAAUUAUAAACUUUAGAAUGUUUCCCUUAAAUGGUUAAAGUCUCCUUCGUCACACUAUGGAAACAUUGGUUGAUGCCACGUUAUGUAUAAAAAAAAUACAUAUUGGUGAAUCCUCUGUUUCUGGUGUAGAUACGAAGGAGCUUAAAAAAAAAAGACAGAGAUAUAUAUAUAGAAAGCUUUUUUGUUUACGGAUGAUGCUGGUAUAAGUCUCAAAUCAAUUAGUUACUCAAGGCUACUUCUCUGAAUUUUGGAGCAUGUUUGUGACAAAGAGAUAAAACAUAAAGUAGCCUUGAGCAGUCAACUGAUCUGUAGAAAAUACUAUUUCAAAUAGUUCUAAAUGAAUAAAAGAUUAUGCUUUCUC